AUGGCAGAAAUUGCCAGGAGUUUGAAGGAACCGGGUGGUCCAUCGGUAGGCCACGGUAGUUCAAUUGAGAAGUUUAUAAAGAUGAGUCCUCUGGCAUUCUUAGGAGGGAUAGACCCUACAGUUGCUGAAAACUGGGUGCAGGAGAUAGAGAAAAUAUUUACAGGACAGCUGUCAGUACAGCAAUACGCGGCGAUGUUCAUCGAGCUAUAUCGCUUCGCCCUGUACAUCAUUCCAGAUGAGAAAUUGGUGAACGAUUGGAAGCAGAGGAGUAGAGGCAGAAGAAGAGAUCCAUACCUUCUGGUUCCCAGUAGGGGUUUGGACAUGGUUCAUGGUGCGCAGCCAUCUCCAGCUUGCCCAUCUUGCUGGAAGAGACAUCUGAGGGAGUGUCGUGUUGUGCGAGGUGUCUGCUACAGGUGCAAGGAGCCAAGACAUAUGAUAAUGGAGUGUCCGACACAGUUUGGUGCUACUCCUGCUCCUAUACCUACAUGA